AGCAGAGAAACAGCAUUUACGUAUGCCAUCAGCGCGGCAGGCGUGGUCAACGCAGUGAGCAGGGCUUGCAGAGAGGGGGAGCUGUCGAGCUGCGGCUGCAGCCGUGCCGCACGUCCCAAAGACCUGCCUCGUGAUUGGCUGUGGGGCGGCUGCGGGGACAACCUGAACUAUGGCUACAGGUUCUCUAAAGAGUUUGUUGACGCACGGGAGAGGGAGAAGAGUUAUGCCAAGGGAUCCUACGAGAGUGCCCGGCUGAUGAUGAACCUACACAACAACGAGGCUGGAAGGAGGGUGAGGAGGAAUCAUACUCUGCUGUCACACACACACACCCUAACAAAAUGAAGCACUGUGCCUGCAUACUUAUUUUACUGUCACACUCACACACUAACACAUAAAACAAGUUCAUCUCCACCUGUUUCUGCUGUUCUGAAGUUGAUCCCCAAUGACACUUAGUGAGAGAAUGGAAGGAAUAGAGACAGAGGGAGUGAGAGAGAGAGAGGGGGAGCCAGAGAGAAAAAGAGAAUCCAGGUCAAUCAGAUGGGUGUGGUAUCAGUUGAUCAUCUGUGUAACAGUUCUGUCUCGUCUCUCCCCUGAAGCCUGUCUUUGAUCUGUGUGAGUUGGGAUCAUGACGGCUCACUGGGAUGCUUUCUGUAGUUCAUUCCAAAAGCCUUGACACAGCCUCAAAGGAAACAGCUCGCCAGAACCUGUUGUAUACACAUCACUUCUGACUCUAACAAAUGAGCGGACAGGGUUUUGUUCAGCUUAUAGUGUGGGCCAUGGACACAAUAAAUCAUGUUUGUAUAGUAUUGACAUUUUAUUUUAAAAAAUGGUCAUAACCAAUCUUUCCAUCUCUCCCAACCUGUUUCCCUCCUACUCUCCUCUCCUCUCAGACGGUGUCAGACCUGGCCCACGUCUCCUGUAAGUGCCAUGGCGUGUCGGGCUCCUGCAGUCUGAAGACGUGCUGGCUGCAUCUGGCAGACUUCCGCAAGGUGGGCGAAACCCUGAAGGAGAAGUACGACAGCGCAGCGUCCAUGAAGCUCAACUCGCGUGGAAAGCUGGUGCAGCGGGACAGCAAGUUCAACCCCCCCACCAGCCACGACCUGGUCUACAUCGAGUCCAGCCCAGACUACUGCCUGUCCAACCAGAGCACGGGCUCACUGGGUACUGUAGGCAGGCUGUGCAAUAAGACAUCUGAGGGCAUGGAUGGCUGUGAGCUGAUGUGUUGUGGCCGGGGCUACGACCAGUACAAGGCCCAGAUCGUGGAGCGAUGCCAUUGCAAGUUCCACUGGUGCUGCUACGUCAAGUGCAAGCGCUGCACCAAAACCGUGGACCAGUUCAUCUGCAAGUGA